AUGGGUGGUAAGGUCGACAACCGUCUCUUCAGAAGUUUUCUGAAUCGGGCUACAAUUUGUGCUGUCCAGGGAGCAGACGAAGAUGACAUCUUUAAUCUCGAUGGGUGCGAAUAUUAUUCAAACUCCCCGGAAAUGUUUUUCCGUGACGGGAAGAGACGCAUUGAUUUCGUGCUUGUUUAUAAACUAUGGGACCGUAAUGAAAAUCACGAGGCCCAGCGUUUUGCCUUUCUUAGUGCCUUGGCGGACCAAAUGAUUGAAAUAGAGGUUGAAGACUGUCAAGGAAACAUUGUGGCUGCCACAGGCCCUCAGAAGGCAGGUUUUAAAGAUGAAGCAGGUUUUGGUGGUUUGCGUCCUCCUGAAAUUACCCAAGCAUAUGCUGACAAACAGGAACUUGAAGCCUUGGAAAAAGAAGAGAAGGGAACGCUAAGCCCUCUUGAAAGGGCCAUAAUGUCUGUCGAUGACGUUGUUUUUGUUAAGUUACAUGCCUCAUGGGCUACUUUGGCUCGUGUUGCCGAGGUGCUUCAAUUCAAAAAGCCUCUGAAACAGGCGAAAUUGGAGCGUCUCAAGCUUUCCGAAGGCAAGGACUGCUGCAAAUGUCUGAAACCCGACAAGAAAUCUGUGCUCGAGCUGCCCAGCCCCUAUCGAGCCGCCUUCACUCGGGCACGAAUUAAUCUGUUUGACAUUCCCGAGGACUACGACAAGUUCUUCACGCCCACCGAAAGAACCAAGGUGGUGGACUAUGUGCUCAAGAGGACCGGCACGUACCGCAGAGUGGGCGGCACCAGCGUUCCAAGUGGUCCCCCGGUUCCUAAACCCGAGUACCCAACCGAAGCUGACAUUAAUGUCGAGAAGGAGACCGGUGCUCGCCCUUGCGACAUCAAGCUUGCCCAGAAGGUGGACAUCGAUUUGGGCAUUGACCACCUUGUCAACGAGGGCGUUUUUUGUGCCGCCUUCCCGUUGCACGAGCCAUCAACCGAGAUGACGGAGCUGCUAACCGAAAAGGAGCGAGAAGUAACCGCGGCUGGCGGUUCAAGCGAGCCUAAGUACGGGCCGGAAACCAAUAUGCGGACAAUGCUCUGUGACCAAUGGGGAAGUCUGACGAAAAUGUUCAAGUACCAGCCACUUGACUACGUCAGAUUGUACUUUGGCGAGUCGGUGGCUUUCUACUUUGCUUGGCUGGGUCUCUACACCUCGUGGCUCAUCCCCGUGGGUAUUUUCGGUCUGCUUGUGUUCUGUUUGUCUGCUAUCGACAUCGCCGACGACCAAUAUGUUGAGGACGUCUGUACGCACGGGAGUGAUUUCCUUAUGUGUCCGCCGUGCAGCGUCAAAGGCUGUAAAUUUUGGCUCCUCAACAGCUCCUGUUUCGCUGCCAAAAUGACCCACCUCGUGGAUAACUUGGGAACAGUGCUUUUCGCCGUGUUCAUGGCACUCUGGGCAACGCUCUUUAUGGAGCAGUGGAAACGCUACCAGAAUGUUCUUGCACACCGGUGGAAUGUUCAAAAUCUGGAGCCAGUGGACGAGCCACCCAGGCCCGAGUUUCUUGCUCUUCUCAACAAAAAGAACUUCCCUCGAGCCCGCGAAGAGCCAGUCAUCCCCUUCUGGAGUCGCAAAGUUCCCGUUCUGGUUGUCACAUACGCCUCGGUUCUCUUUGGGGUGGUGCUCUGCCUGGCUUUCCUAAUCGGCGUCAUCUUCUACCGGCUCGUCGUCAAUGUGAUGCUCCUGCAAAGCGACAAUGCACUAAUAAGCUCGGUUGCUGGAAUGAUCACUACCAUCACGAGUUCGUGCAUUAACUUGGUUUGCAUCUUCAUCCUCAAAAUGGUGUACGACAGAGUCGCGGUCAUCAUGACGAAUAUCGAGGACCACAGGACCCAGUCCGAGUACAAUGACAGUCUGACGCUGAAGUUGUACCUGCUGCAGUUCGUCAACUUCUACUCCUCCAUAUUCUACAUCGCCUUCAUCCAGGGAACCACCGCAGCCAUACCCGGCGACAAAACUAUUCCCAUUCAGUCCUCAGGGUGCGACUCCGGAAAUUGUCUCUUUCAACUAUUUAUUCAAUUGGCUAUCGUUAUGGUGGGCAAACAAUUCCUCAAUUUCGUCACGGAAAACACCCUUCCUCCGCUGAAGCGCGUCAUCAACGUCUACCUCGCGCGCCGUCGCGCCGCGAAGAAGCUGGACGCGGCUCGCGCCAAGGUCCAGGCAAACGAGACCGCCGGUCGCUACGGCUCCCUGGGAACCGGGAAGUCGGAACCCGCGGGCUGGACGUCCGAGGCAGAGGGCGCGCUGCUCACCGCUGCCCGCCAGGAAUCCGUCCUCUUCCACUGCCGCAGCAACUACACCCUCCUCGACGGCGGCUCUCGGCCCCUCUUUGAUGAGUACCUUGAAAUGCUCAUCCAAUACGGAUUCAUAACGAUGUUUGUCCCCGCAUUCCCUCUUGCGCCGCUAUUUGCUCUUCUCAACAACAUGUUCGAGGUGAGGACCGACGCAAAGAAAUUCCUCGCUAUUCUCCGUCGACCUGUCAUCAUGCGAGAAAAGAGCAUCGGCAUUUGGUUUGGCAUCCUCUCCGUGGUCUCAAGUCUGGCUAUUCGAACCAACGCCUGUUUGAUUGCCUUCACGUCUGACUUCCUCGUUCGCCUCACCUACACCCUGUGCUACUCGCCUGACCACAGCCUCACCGGCUACUUGAACUUCACGCUCUCCUACAUGGACAUCAAUCGCUUCAACCUCACCGGUCAAAACACCGACCUCACCAAACACAGCCCCUACUGCCGGUACAAUGAUUUCCGCGAACCGCCAUCCGCUCCUGACCCGUACUCCUACACACCAGUGCAUUGGCAGAUUUUGGCGAUCAAAUUUGCGUUCGUUUUUGUCUUCGAGAACGUGGCGCUGGCUCUCACCUCAUUGAUAGCCAACUUCAUUCCCGACAUACCCCAACGCCUGGUGAUAAUAUCGCGUCACGAAGCACGAGUUAUCAACGAGCUUAUUCUUCAAGGUGAGGUUGAUGAGGAUGAUGAUAGGGAGGAAUCGAAGCGUGAGCCUCUGCCUAUCAACCCGCCGCCGAUUGGUUUCUUCAGCAAAGAAAAUCCUGACCCCGAGGUUAACAUUACUUUUAAAUAA